CUUACCCUACUGUUCACUAUAGCCCUAAAACGAUGCAUACCCUCCCGAUCGCCAUUCUCACUUCCUCGUUCGGAUCCAGCAGCCGCGACGGAGCGUUCCACCGAGCUCUAAGCUCCAGCUGAGCGACGCACCAUGCAUCCAACACAGAUGACGUCAGGAGUAGGUGAAGUUCACCGGUGAUUGGGCGUGGGACUUUCGGUGCGAGCACAAGAAAGGCAAGUUCAUUCCCUUUUGAUUGUACGAGAUCUGUGAGGUAAGGGGGUAGGAACUUGGAAUGUUCAUUUAUGUGGUUGGAAUGGUGGGUUGGUUUGCAAUUGGUUUCUAUUUUGUAGAGUUUUGAUUCGGAUUGAGGUUUCGUUAAUGUUCUUGUUUGGUUCACAUUAUUUCUGGCUUUUACCUAUGCAUUCUAUUUUGAUGGGGGCUCAAUUUCCUUUCGAGUGUUCUUAUUGUGAUUCUGGUGGAGCUCGAUUAGCUGCGGAUGAGUCAGAUUCGUUUUCCUCCGUGUUGUCGAUGCUUCUGAGUUUUCUGUAUGACAUUUGUUUGUUUAAAUGCUUGACUGAGAUGUAUUCUAACUCGGUACCAUCAUGCAAAGUUGCUCGGUUUCUUCUUGUUGAAUUGAGUUUCGGAACGAGAUUUGUGGAGAUGUAAGUGUGAUGUUGCUUCAUUUUACAGCUCAGUUUGUCCGUGAACGGAAUGCUGUUGGAGUUCUACGCCUUGAUUGAUGAUGUGCUUGGUCGUUUUGUUGCUUCCAGAUUUCCUGAACAUAUUGUCACAGGAAUUGGACUUAGAACAUUGAUGCUCUCCGUUUAGUGAUGUUUGCUUCAUUUAUGUUCCUCGUGGUUUAGGGAUUUUAGGGGUUCUUGAAGAUGUUCUUCUUCAUGUUGCUCUACAGAAUCCCUUGGCCAUUAGGAUUCAUGGUUAGAAGUUAGUGACAUUUCUUCUCGUAUGGUUUUCGGAUUUAUUGAUAGUUUUGGAAUUUUGGUUGGUUUCGAGAAAAUUCAUUUCCUUCAUGAUGCUUUAGGGUCUUGGAAUGGAAGUUGGUGAUUUAGAUUUGAUUUCAAUGGUUCUUUGCGUUGUUGAGAUUGUUGUCAGCUAGGGAGAUUCAAUUCAGUUCUGAUGUGGCGUUGUUUCCUGCAUGUUGGUUGGAUUGUCCGAUUUUGAUUUAGAAGGUUUCAAGAUCCUCACAAUGAAGUUAUGUUCUUUCGUGAUAUGAUGGGAUUUAAGAUCGAAUGGGUUUUGUUCUUGGAAUAGCCAUGCAAUUUCUACAGAAUGGAAUUGAUGAAUGAUGAUCGGACUAGAAUGUUAAGUUAAUUACCUAUAUAUUAAUGGAAAUUUUGAUUAUUUACCUGAGUAGUUGUUCUACUGUAGUUUUCCUCUAGUUCAUAGCUCUAUUUAUUUUGAACAGUGCAGUAAGUUAUGGGUAGGAUAUGUUUUCUUAUAUAGCUAAUUAGAUGGGUAUGAGCAUAUGUGGUGACAGUACGGGUUGGGUGACCCGGGAUGAACUCCGGGGAGGGCUCUUCCAAACAUGACUGAAACUGUAAAUUAUGACUGAUACUGUAAUUUAUUGUUAGCUUCGGCUAUAUGACUACAUGUUCUCUAGGAGGUACCUCAAGGGUUAUGGGACUGUUAGACUGACUCUAAUUGUGGUUACCGGAUAUGUGACAUAUUCACCAUAUUAGCUACGUAGGAUCACCUAUGCAUGUUUUAUCCUUCUGUGUUAUACCGUAAUUGGGUUAUAUUAUUUUUUUCUAGUUGUUAUUCCUGCUACCUUAUGGAUGUCCUUUUAAUCAUACUGGAGUGUACUUGCUGGGUCGUAGACUCACGAUGUCUACAUUAUAGGUGAGGAUGAUUCUCAGGAUAUAACGGAAGGCCCUCGGAUGGAGUAGGCGAGGAGGCGGGAUGAACGCAUGGUAUUGUCCAAUUGCCUAGGAAUGCAGAGCAUACUGGUUUCAUCGCAUCAAGGGAUCAUGGAUCCGAGGUUGAUCAAACCAGAUUGAACUCAAAUCUGAGCUUGAAUGGGAAGAUCGAGCUUUGAAGCUACAUAAACCAUUCAUUCAAGAUCAAGAGAGAUCUGAACCAUCCAUUGAAGAUCUAGUUCAUCCGAGCUAGGAGAGAAUAGAUCAGGUCCCUUGAUGAAGAUUUGAACCUUUGGAUCAAAUUUAGAUUAAGAUUCACCGUUGGAUCAGAGGCAGAAUAAUCACAGCCGUCCAUCACAGAACUGAGAUUAGAUUUAAAGGGAUGAGAAGCUACAGUGUUUUCGUCAAUUGGCUACAGUUCACGUCAAGACACAGAGAGCGCCUCCGACGAUCUUCUUCCUCGAUCCAUUCCACCGCCGACAAGCUGCUGAGGUCAAGGGCGUUUCCCUUCCUCCGGUCAUCACCCAUCUUCAAGUCGGCGACGUCAUUUCCCCCAUCUGAUUUCUAUUUCUGCCGCGAUUCUCGUGUGAAGAAGAAGUUGAGAAGCGACCAGAUUCGAUCUGGUUUCCUGAUCUUUAAGCCGGUGAUCCUUUUCCUUGGAGCUCCGCACCCAUUUGAAUCAUCAGAAGUGUUUGCUUCUGACUCCUUUGAUUUCUGCAUCGAUUUCUAGUUUCAGCUGCGUUUCAUCUGGUUUGAUCGGUUAUUCAUCACUUGUAUGCUCCGGACAUCUUCAUCCAAUACAAUCUGAGUAGAUCUCCUUCCAUGUGAUGAAUGGUUGGUUUGAUCCCUUAUGCAUCUGAUUUCCAUAAUUCAAUUUGUUCUUGUCUUGUUCUUGCUUAGUUUCCAUUUUGUUAGCACUGUUUAACUUGAGAUGUAUUAGUUAGUUUCAUUAGUUUAGUUGUGAAAGGAGUUCAGUUUGAUUCUGUUACAUGACCUUGAUUCAUGUUUUCCAUUUGUGACUUUGCUUACUUCAUGCUUUGAUCUUGUUUGUGUUUGAUUGUUGUUCUUGUUUGUUGUUUGUUUAGAAUGCGAGUAGGUCAGAUUGGUUUCAAUUAAGUACUCAAGUUUCCUUAAUUGCUUUGCUCUUCUUCAAUUCAUUCCAUCAGUAGUUUAGAUAGGCUAUCUUUUACUACUUGUCUUUUAGCAUUUAUAGUUUAAAAACCCAAACCCCAUAUUCAAUAAAUCAAUCCUAAAAUAUUAUCAUCGUUACAUUCGUUGGGAGACGACCCGAGUCAUCUCUAUGCUACAUUAGUGUAGAAUGAAUUCGGUCACUUAAUUCUUUUGAUACCCAUUUCACGACAAAAUUAGGGUUUAUCAAAAUUGGCGUCGUUGCCGGGGAAUGUAGCGGUGUUUGAUACCUUAGGAUUGCUUCUUUUUCUUUUUACAUAAAAAUUUGAAAAAAAAUUGUUUCAAUUGCUUUCAUGUUCAUAUAUCCAUGUGUUUGAUCUUAUAUGUUCCUGUGUCUCCUGAUUUUAUUUGCUAGUGUUUCAGUAUAAGAGCAGGAAAUUUCUUUGACCAUGGAUCCAUAUUAUCAUCAUUUUGGAGGUGAGAUGGAGAGUCGGUAUUAUCAGCCUAAUCAACCUCAGUAUUAUCAUCCUCAGACUCAGUACUAUCAAUCUGGACCUCAAUAUUAUCCACCCAUAGAGCAGCCAAAUAGGUAUGGGUUAUUUCCAAAUUCAUAUAAUUCUAAUUGGGUGGAUCAAUCACAUUUCAAGUAUGAGGAUACACAAGGACAAUUCGCUGAGCCAUAUCCAGCAUAUCAGAGUCCACAGGGAUUUCAGGGAGAUUACUCACCUACUUGGCCACAUCCAAUCCAUCAGAGUGAUCCAACUCCAUGGGGAACAUUUCAAGAUGAAGCUCCUUCUCCUAAUUCAACACAGGACCUUAAAGAGAUUAUCCAGCAAAUGAUAGAGUAUCAAAAGCAACAAUUUGCAGAGAUACAAAACUUUCAGAUACAAGUAGACCAAUUUGCAUCAUCCAUUAGCCAGCAACAAGCACCAUGCUUCAGUGAGAAGAGGGAUUGUAGUGUUUUGGAUAGACCUGAUAUUGUUUCCAAUACUCCACAAGACUCUUCUAAUAUUUCUUAUUAUGAUUCUGUAGUUGUAAGGAAUUCUAAUUCUACUGAUAUUGUUGUUGUAGAUGUUGUUGAUGAUGCAGGUACUGAUGUGGAUGAUGAUGUAUGUGUAGGGGAUUGCACAAUGGAAGCAAUACCCCAAGAAUCACCUGAACCAGAUGUUGAUGAUGAGAGUGUAGGGACUUAUGCUGUGGAAGCAGAGCCCCAAGAAUCACUUUCCUUAGAUACACCACCUGAGCUAAAGCCUGAGCUACUACUUGAUGAUGAGGAGGUCACAGUCACCAUUUUAGAACCUCCAGGUACCUUCCAACAUGAUAAGGUUAGUAUUUCUUGUAAUUCAUUAGAAGAUUUUAUAAAGGUACCAUUAAUUGAUUUUGUUGGAUGUGAUACAAUUCUUGAACCAUGUAAUGUAGAAACUAAUAUUUUCUCAUGCUUGCAAGAGGUGUUGUUUUUCUUUGGCUUUAUAGGUCGCCGUAGGCUUCCAAAAUUGUUGCUCCAUCUAAACCGCCUCCGACCUCCAGGAGGAAUUUUCAAAGGAAAAAUGUUGGAUGAAGUGGACUUGACUGCAACUACAAUUAUUCCACUCCCAACUUGGAUUUUACUUCUUAACCGACUCCAACCACCAGGAAAGAUCAUUUCAUUACCGGCAUGGAUCCUACUUCUAAAUCGUUUGCAACCGCCCGGAAUAAAGGGGAGUUUGUUCCGUGAUUUUCUUUUUGCUUUAUAUUUUUCAUUAGUUUCAUACUUUACAGUUGUAUUUUGCUUCUAUAUUUUGUAUUUUUUUUAGUACAUAGCAUUUUAUUUUGAAUAAAAUUCUCCAUGAAAUUGUUCUAGUAAUACUUUUAAGAUGGUAAAAGUUUUUUAAGUUUGACCAUCAAUUUUUAGGUCAAUGGACAUGAUUGAAUACUUUACUUACAUGAUAUUGGUUAGUGUGGUGGUGGAUUCCAACUUGCUUAAUUGAGUAGAUUGCAAUAAAAUACCUAGAGAGGACCACUUUAAGCCUACACUCUAUUAUUUUCUUUGUGUGACAUGCACUCAUAGCAAUUGAACUCUAGAACUUGCUUUGCUUCUUAUCAAAAUCACAAUAGCAUAUGUAUGCAUGGAAAUGAAGGAUAUUUUUCAUUCUUAUUUCCUCAUAAUCUUCAUUUUAUUUUCCCACAAUUUUCUUAAAACGUUUUCAUCUAGCAUUUUAACCUUUGAUCAUCUUUGCUUGUCAUUCUUUUAUUGAGAGUGUGGAUAAUAUUCUUGAUGAGUUAGAUUACUAAGAUGGACAAAGAUGUAAGUGUGGGGGAGAGAUGUUAUAAAUUUUUGGAAAUAUUGGAGAUUGUGCAAUUGUUCAUGAAGAUUGGUUCAUUUUCUUUGUUUUUGAUCUUGUUGGUGAAAUUAAUUCAAGGGUUGUAUUGUUGGAAAUUUAAUGAUGUUGAGCAGUCUUUGAGGUAGGAAAUGAAUUUGCUUUUGAGUUGGUUGAUGAGUAAUGAAUAUUUGUGGUUUUCUUUGGAUGUUGUCGAAAACUAGUUGAAGAUAGAAUCUGCAGUUUUGUGGAAUUGGUAAAGAGCUCUACACUUGAGGUAUCAAUCUCUACUUGUUGUGUGCCAAGUUUGAUUAUAAACUUCUGAACAGUAAGAUUCUAAGUGGAGCACUUGAUUUUCCACUACUAUUUGAUGUUCCAACCUUUUCAACAUCUGAUCAUGAGUUGAGCAUGUAACUAAGAUGGAUGAAGAGUCUGGAAUUUCUCUGUAGACUCAUUUCAGUGCUGAAAUCAGAGAAUGUAAUGUUUUUUUUUUUUUAAAAACAGAGAAUAAAAUAGAUGAAAAAGAAGAGUGAAGGAAGAGGUGAGGAAAAAAAGGUCACUCAUUCUAAUCUUCAUGAAGUCAUAGAUGGAAUGAGUUUGAAUUUCUGCAGAAACCACAAAUCAUUUACAGCAAAGAUCAUAUCUGGAAUUGAAGUUUCAGUUUCAGCCUUUUGCGUACCAAAUUCCCUUGGAAAUUUUCUGAACAACUAACCAAUUUUAUUGACUGCCAAUUUUCAUGAAGGAAGGGAAGAAAUGAUUAGUUGUGGGUUACCACAAAUGUGUUUAAUCUAUAGAGAAUAAUCUGAAUUUGAUGUAUCAAUUGUGUGUCAAUCUUUUGUUGCAAGUGGCCAAAUCAGCAAAAGAUCAAGUGAAUCUCUUGUGUAAUCAGAAAUAGAUGUUAUGCCUUUUCAUGUUUUUUUUUAAAAAAAAAAAAACCUAAUGGACAGCUUUGGAAUUGUUAAGCUGCUGGAAUUGGGAAAGCAGAAGUCUGGAUCAGUAAUGCAUAUUGCUGAGAAACAAAAUUUAGAACCUACAGUAUUUUGAAUUAGAUUCUAAAGCCUGUAUGGAAAUUUUAAAUCUGUUUGUGAGAUUCUGAAAUUCCUGAUUUUGAGGAAGCUGAAUUGAGGAGUUCACUAACUUCUACAUCAAUCCAACUGUGGAAAAUUUUAGAUAUGAAUCAUAUUCUGUUUCUGGAACAGAGCUUAAGAAGCUGUAAUUUGUUGCUGCUGAAGAUUUGACUUACUGAAUUCUGCAAUUCUGAAUCCAAAUGAGAACAGCUUGAAUAAGGAUUCAUUUUGUGUAGCCUUUGAUUAUUGAAGAACUGAAGUGAAGCAUUUAAUUACUGACAAAAGUAAGAAGAAUGAUUAUGAAAUAGUGUAGGGAUUCUUAAAAGGAGCUGUGAUACUGAAACUACAGGGAAUACAAAAUCUGUAGCAACAGAUGUUAGGGUCUGGAUUCCAAUUACAGAAACAGAAACAUUUUAUGAAUUUGCUUGCAGAAGGAAAAAGCAGUAAGCAAGUAACAGAAUUCAAUUCUGAAGGCAGAAACAAGGGAGCUGGAAUAGUAAAGGAUGAAAUGUGAAUUUAUAUCAGGAUAGUAUCAAAAAUCUGUGGAAGAACUUCAAAAUAAUUAUGAACUCAAUUGAAGCUCUUGAAUUUCAGUUACAAAUGGUGUCCUUGUGUUUCUAUGUCUUAUAUAAAA